GCCAGUAGGGGGCGCGCGCGUUGAGCUGCACAGGAAGGAUUCACUUCAUGAAUGAACCUCUGGACGUCCGAGCGGAAGAGACUUGACGUGUGUUUACACUCAGCGGGAUCAUGCGCCAUGGUUUGGAUAUAACUGGCAUUCAUAACGAAAUCUGCCAUGACCAGGGGUCGAAACAGAGCUCGAUGUGCUCGUGGCUGUGACACCACGAUACGAUGAAGACGAUGCUACACGAGUCUGAGCUAGCUGCGGCUAACGGUUAGCAGCUGUGUUGUGAUGAAGAAGGAAUGCUGUUAAACGAGGUUCACCCUCCUGACACAGCAGGCUCCAUCCAGGUAGAAGUGAAGCAGCAGCAGCCAUGAACGGAGCCGUUGGAGAAGAACGUGGAGGCGAGGCUCUGUUUGAGGACCAGCACUUUCCUUCGGAUGACACCUCGUUGUUCUGUGACCGCUCCACGCCCAUCGCUAGGCUGCAGGGCGAGAUCACCUGGAGGCGCCCACAGGAGAUCUGCCAUUCACCUGCUCUCUUCCAUGACAAAAUUAGCCUGUGUCAUGCGAAACAAGGCUUAUUAGGGGACUGCUGGUUUCUCUGCGCCUGCACCUUCUUGCUCAAGAACAAGCAGCUACUGAACAAGGUGUUGCCUCCAGAGCAGCCCCAGUGGGGUGACAGCAGGUACAGGGGCUCCUUCCAGUUCUCCUUCUGGCAGCAGGGACACUGGACAGAUGUGACCAUCGAUGACCGGCUGCCCUGUAUCAAUUCCACUCUGUGCUUCUCACGCUGCCAAACCUCCUCUGCCUUUUGGGUAGCCCUGUUGGAGAAAGCCUAUGCCAAGCUUCACGGCUCAUAUGAGCGACUGUGGGCCGGGCAGGUGUCCGAGGCCCUGGUGGAUUUUACCGGAGGCCUGGCUGAACGCUGGAGCCUCGGAGUCGCAGAAGAAGAGCAAAGGCCCGAACAAGACAGUGACCAGGUCAGCAGAAGAAGCCUGGACCUGAAGCUUCUGUAUCCGGUGAAAGAAGAGUGUGCGCUUAGCUGCGCCACUCACAGCAGCCCGGGAGGAGCCAGUGAGCUGGGUCAGUACCACGCGCUUAAUGUCAUGGAGUGGGUGGAGGUCCAGAGGGUGUCCGGUAGCAAAGUACUACUGCUCAGGAUCAGAAACCCCUGGGGAAGAGGCUGCUGGGGAGGCGCCUGGACAGGGAGCGGUUUGGGUUGGAGUUCUGUCGACCCUGUUUGUGCUUCGGAAUUACAAGCCAGGGUUGCGGAGGGCGAGUUCUGGUUGGAUGAAACCGAAUUUCUGUCCCAGUUUGAUGAUGUCACAGUGGGUUACCCCAUCACUGAUGAGGGGCAACUAAAAAGCAUCUAUACUGGAAAUCUGCUGAUGCACCAGCACCAGCUGGCCGGCCGCUGGAUGGGGGGCCACUCCGCCGGGGGCAGCCGAAACUGCAGCAGCUACAGCAGCAACCCAAAGUUCUGGCUCAGAGUGUGCGGGAGAGGCGAGGUGCUGGUGUCCCUGCUACAGCACAGAAAAUGGCGAGCCGCGGAUCACUGCGCACACGCGACACUCGAGGACAGCAAGAACACAACUCACCAGCACUACCAGGCUAUUGCGCUGCACAUGUGGAAGGUGGAGAAAAGGCGCUUUCACCUCAGCCGGACGUUGAACAAACCUCCGUGUGCUUCUACUCACUGCCAUGCCUUCGAGAGAGAGGUGGUCCUCCGUGAGCAGCUGGAGCCUGGGUACUACCUGCUGAUACCCAGCACCUACCAGCCAGGAGCUGAGGCCCGCUUCCUCAUCAGGGCCUUUUCCUCCUCCGCUACAUCCCUCAGUGCCCUGAAAAGCCCAGCACCUACACUGCCGUUGGAAACGGAUGGCGAGUGGGAGACCAGUUACUUCCGAGGCUCGUGGGUGGAGGGAAGGACAGCCGGAGGAAGCAGGAAUUUCCUGUCUCACUGGCAGAACCCCUGCUUCCCUUUCACAGUGUGCGAUGAGUCAGCCGUGACAUCAGGAGCUAAUGUCAGGAUUACGCUGCACCAGAGGCGCCCUGACACAGACCUCCACCCCAUCGGCUUUCACAUUUACAAGUGUUCAGAAGGAGAAUCUGAGAAGACGUUACCCAGGGACGAGGAUCCGGCUGCUAGUUGUGUCCCUCACUGCCACACCCAGGAUGUCAGUCUGGCCUGCGGUCUUUCUCCCGGAGCCUACGCCAUAGUGCCGUCCACCUAUCGGCCGGACUGCUCCGCAAACUUCACCCUCAGCCUGGCUCGCAGAAUACGCAGGUCGCCUCUCGGCUUGUCAUUGGAACGGGAUUGCACAGCAGAUAGCGUCGGCUUCUGUUGUUGUUGUUGUUGUGUGAUAGUAAUGGAUUUGUGUGUCUCUUUCAGGAAGGUGGUGAAAAGCAAGGAGAGUCUGGGCAGAGCCAUUCAGGAGAUCUCUCACAUCUCUGUGAUGCAAAGCUAGUUCUCUGGGACUGUUGCUGCUCCACUGACGUCGGCUAGCCUCCCAGUGCCUCUUGGCCCACGAUGAAAGAACCAGUUCUCCCAUCCACCCUCACCAUGGAGGCAGUGUGCAUGUGUGUGUGUGUGUGUGGAUUGAUUUGUACCACAAGUGUCUGAGAAGGCAGAUUGGCAGGCCGAUUCACUGGGGAUGUGUGUGUCGGGAAUCCUGGAAACCCCUUUAUUCUGAACCGCUGAGGCCCAGGGCUGAUGGGCAUCCACAUGCUCAUCGGCGAUUAGGACAUCAGAGGUUGUCGGUGGGAUGGGCUGCUAAUGAAGUAUGACGGGACUUGGUGGUGUAAACAAACAGCCGCGAUUGAAGAGGGCCGCCGCUGCUCUUGCUCAUUCACUCACUGGUACGCCUGCCGGCCUGGAACAAAGGGUCCUCUCAUGAAGGUCCUCGCAGAGGCACAGGGGGCGAGGGGUUGGUCUCUGACAGCAGAGCCAACCACACCACACCACACCAUAACGUGCCAUACCAUGCCAGACCUAUCCUCCCACCCGGCACCCUCAAAUGCUUAGUUCCUCACCUCGCUUGUGUUGUUUUUCUGAAGACACAAAAGGUUUCUUUUCCUUCCUCAUUUCCAAAAGUGUUUACCAUUCGGACAGACACUGAAGUCUGGACUUCUUCUGGUCCAGCCUUUUUGUUUUUGGUUCCAUCCUCAACCCCUCCGCCCCCCCCCCCCCCCCCCCUGUCUCCCUUUGUGCCCCCAGACUCGGUCCACAGCUCUGCCUGGACCUGAACAGAGUCUUGGUUUGAAGUUGCCGCGAGAACAGAUGACAAGCAGAUGGAUUGAAGUGAUGAAACAAGGGACGCGGCACAUCAGAGGAGUCCGGUUGAUGAAAAGAAGCCGCCGGCCCUUGUUGUGUUAAUGCUGCAUAAUGUGUGUUGGUGUGUGUCUGCCUCCUCCGAGCCAUGUCUCUGUCAAAGUCACAGGGUUUCUGAUGACUCAUUAGACCCAGUACCAACAGAUACCUUUUCCACAGCUGUAAUUCACUGAAUACGGUCGAAGUAAUUUGUAUUUAAUAUGGUUCGAAAAAUGAGACGUGAUGAAUAAAAUGUUAAAAGAUAA